AUGCCUACUCUGAAUCCACGCCAGUGGCUGUCGCCCAACAACAUGCCGGAGCUACAGGCCAGCCCUCUGGCCAAUGGCAUGCUCAGGUCCGAUGUGGCGCUCAUUUUCUAUCUCGCCGUGCCGGCGGUCUUCCUGGGCCUGUACAUGAGCCGGCUGCGACAUGAGCCGAUCCGCACCCGAGGCGUCUUGUCGCACUUGAUCUCCAACAUCUCCGGCGGUCUGACCGUGGCCGCGGUCUUGGCCUCUCUUCACCCCAUCAGCUGCCAUUUUCCCUUCAUCUUCAUCAACUCCAUGCCCACGCUGUGGGUGCUGCCCCUCCUCCUGCGCGGGCUCUACCUCUACGCGGACCACGAGUUCCAUGCGCUUACAUUUAAGCUGCAGCAUCUCCUGCCGCAGGACCGGAUCUAUUCCUCGGCCCGGCGGAAGAAUGUCGACCACUCGUCCGAUACAUUGGCCUUCACACGGCAAUCCAGCGUACACGACAUCAAGCUGCACCAGCUCCCGGGACCGGGGUAUGGCAUGGACGGCAUGGCCACCUCGCAGGCCACCGAGGGAGCGGCCGGGGCCGGCGGCCCGCCCAUCAACCCGGCCCCCUCCAGCGGGUCCAUGGCGAUCAUCAUGCGCGAGAAGGCCCUGCUGCACAAGGGGUCGGCCGGCGGGUCGGCCGCCGAUGGGGGCUUCCACACGAUGACCUCCUCCUCGUCCUCCUGCGGCAGCCAGCACUUCGAGGGGGACUCCUCGGGCUUGACCUUCCUGGACUCGAGCAACAUCUCGGAAACCGAGUGCACCCUGGCACCCCUGGAUCGCCCUGGGCGCCGGGAGGGGGACCACUACCGCCGCGGGUCCAGCCACACAACCAGCAGCAUCGGCACCAUGGCCGGCGGCGGCGGCGGCGGCGGCGGCGGCGGCGGCGGCCCGGAUGACGAUGACGAUGACGACGAGCCGAGCACCCCGGGCCCCGGGGCCCUGGGGCCGUGUGGCCCGGGACCGGUGGUCGGCGGCGCCUCGAGGCCCCGUGGCAGCGGGGCCGCCGGCGCGGCCUUCACCCUCGGCCGGGGCGAGACCCUGUCCAAUGGCGAGCCCUCGCGCAAUUCCAGCAUCCUGGUGCAGCUUCGCCGCGCGGACAAGCUCCGGCGCAUGGUGGCCCCCGGCUGGCCGCAGAUGGUCAUCUUCCUCCUGGCGGUGGCGCUCAACGUCAGCCUGACUUACGCCCUGAGCCCGGUCUUUCCCGGGCGCUCGGGCCGGCCCCGGUACACCGACGAUGGGGGCGGCUGCUCGGCCUACAUGCUGCCGGUGCUGGCCAUCUCGGCCGGCAUCCAGGCCAUCUUCGGCGUGGUGAUGAUUUUCCUGCUGUGGACACGCAAGGACGCCUAUCGCAUCCGCACGGAACUCGCCGUCUUCGGCUUCUUUGCCACGGGGGGCUUUUUUGUCUUCGUCCUGGCGGCCCUGUAUCAGGACCCGGUCUUCUCGGCGGCCGCCAUGCACACCGUGUGUGCAUGCAUCUCCGGAUCGACCCUCUGGACGAAUGUCUUCCCCUAUGCGCUGUCCUUCACCAAGUUCUUCCGGCGCCUGACCUUCUUCGCGGAUGAGGCCCGGCGUCAGCGGGCCUACAACGCCAGCCGGCCGCCCAGCAGCCGGCCGCCCGGCGAGCAAUCCAACUACACCCUUGCCAGCGGGGCGACCACUACCACUACCACCACCACUGCCCGGCAGUUGAGCUCGGCCGACAGCCAGUCAUUUGGCGGAGGCCUGGCUCCGGACGUCGUGGAUGGCGGCCACUAUCCGCUGGCAUCGGCCCUGGCCGACCUGCCGGAGGGCCUCGGCCCCGGGAGUCCGAUCAGUCCGCAGUACUAUCUCGGGCCAUUGAACGACGCCAUGAUGGCCCCGGCCGAUGCCCUGGGCGGCGGUGGCCCCGGCGGCAUGGGAGCAACGGCGGGCUCGCAUUCGGACUCGUCGAACCUGGUGGAAUUCUCCGGCGACAUGAAGAGAUUCACCUUCUCCAUGUUCGAGCGCCACUCCUCGCCCGAGGGGCUGGUGGGCUUCUUCAAUUUCUGCACCCAAUCCUUCAACUCCGAGCAGAUGUACUUCUGGAAGCGCGAGACGCACUACCGGAAGUCCUUCUCGGAGAAGUUUGUGACCAGCCGCAAGUUCCUGGACCGGAAAACCUACUAUAUGCACGCUCGCAUACGCCCACCAUGCUCCAAGGUUGAGCGCUACAAGGAGGCCCUGCAGAUCAUCCUGAUCAUCGAAUGCAUCCGGGAGAUCCCGCCCCCGGCCGAAACGCCGGAACUGGCGGACUUCAUCCAGAAGGUCUUCAUCAAAAUCGACGAGGCCAUGUCCCUGCCAGAUGCCGGCACAGGCGGCCCCGGGCACGGGCAGGGUGCCGCACACCACCGGUACUCGGCACGCCGGGCCCCCUGGUCCAAGGCCCUGAGCACCUUCAGCGGGGCCGGACGCCGGCGCCAGAGCGCCACGCCUUCUUACCGUCGAGGCUCGGCCACCGGGCCUGGCACCCUGGGCCCGGCCCAUGCAGGCCCGUCCGAAGAUCCGGAAGCCCGCAUCGGUGGCCCCGGGGUGGUCGACGGCGGUGCCGGGGCCCGCGGCAUGGCGCCCCUGCAUGGGGGCGGGGCCGGUCCUGCCGGGCGCCUGCCAACCGGGCGCAUGGUCGGCGAUCUGGCCGUCAUCAAUAGCGCGUCACCGAUCCUCGGCACCGCCGACUCAAGCCUCCACGCAUCGGGGGGCUCCUCGCAGACCAGCAUGUCCAGCACCAGCGGCACGGUCAACCCGCCCGCUGGCAAGGCCGCGGUCUUGGUGGCCGAGGGUCUGCACUCGGCCAAGCAGCCGCCCAGUCCAAGCCCCCAGUCGCCGGGGCUCGGCUCGGACGCCGUCACCCUGCCGUACCCGGCGAUGCCACCGAUGGUGGCCGGCCACUCGCCGGCACAGCAUAGCGCACAUGGCGGGUCGCCGCCGGGCUCGCCGCCGGCCCCGGCCUCCCUCGUGGGCCCGGGCUGUGCCUCGGCCUCAGCCACGGCCUCCCCCCGCCUGGACCCCGCGCCAAUGGCCCCGGCCGCCGCGCACCCGCCACCGCGAUACCUGGAGCCGCUGCAUGACCUGAUGCUGUACCGGCUCUUUGGGGACCUUCGAUAUGAAAUUGGCAACCAGCUGUCGCACCUGCUCUGUGCCUGGGGCGCCAGCGAGGGCAAGCGCGAGGUCGAGGAUGCCAUGAUCCGCAAAGAGCAGCACGACUGGCGGGCCAAGCAAAAGCAGCUGGAGCGCGCCCGGCGGGCUUCCACCGUGGCCGAUCUCGGCGGCUUGGGCUCGGCCCCCGGGGCGAUGGUGGUGCUGCAGAGCCCGCCCCCGGCGCCGCUGUCCCCGAGCAUGCGACGGAUCCGGUCUUCGGAGUCGGUGCUGGUCGGCCUGCCAGGCGUCCGGCCGCCACCGCACGCCACCGGCUCGGCAGCUGGCAGCCGGCAAUUCCACCCCCAUCCCCACUCGCAUUACCACCACCACCACCACCACCACCACCACUCGCCGGCGGAUCUGGGCAGCACCUUUGGCGACCAUCGGAGUAUUGGGCUCCAUGCCUCGCACUCGGGCAGCUUCUUCGACCCGGCGGCCGAUGGCGCCCCCACGGCCAUGGGCGGCUACGCCGAGGCCGGCUCGCCCUUUGACAUGAUGCGGUCCGAUGGGACGGAUGGCGCGGAGCACCGCGGCGAGCCCGGGCCCAUCUUCGCCUCGCUCGUGGCCACCGGCAGCCCCAUCGACAUCGAGUUCACCCUGGCCAACCCCACCGCCACCGGCGGGCUGAUGGCUCCCAGCCCGAGGACCAUGGCUUCGUCUUCCUUCGGCAUGUAUGCCCCGGCCGCACCGGCAGACCCUCCCCCCGGCCCACGGUCGCCCGGGGAGGCCGGCCACCCUGGCCGAGCUUUCCAGGCAGAUGUCCUGCCAGGCACCGCUGGACAUCCUGCAGGUCGACGCGGCUCCGCCACCACCCCGGGAGUUGCCGGCGGCGAGAGCACCUCAGCGGAUAACUUGCCGGCGCUCAUGCGUCCCGGCCAGGACUUCGGUCAGGACGGCCAGCACACCGGCGACAGCCCGCCCGGAUCGGACAACUACACCACCAUGAACCGCCUGGCCUCGGCGUCGGCUGAACUUUUGACCAUCUCCCAGUUUAACCCCCCUCUCCGGCGAACCAGCCACUUGUCGAUCAUGGACUUUGAGCAGUCGACAGUGCCCACGGCGGCCACGGCUUCGGGGCAAGUGUCAGGAAAUGGCUCCCCUCGUGUGGCUUGA